CUUAAGCAUCACCAUGAAGCAGCAGUGUCAGGAAGGAGUUGAUUUAUCUUGGAUUAAUUUUUCUAAACCAAUUUUAACAAGUGGUCCAAGAUGUCAGAUUUUAUCUCUGUAUAUGUCACCAUGGGUUAUAUUCAUCAUCAAUACUUAUUUCCUUAAGAUUUUCUCUAGAUGAUCAUCAUUCUGGUAUCUUUGUGUGGAAAAAAAUAAUAAUUGUGCUUUAUACUUGAAAGGGCUGUGAACUAUUUUCAGACCUGCUGUCCCUAUGACAUAGACAGUCAUAUUUCUGGGCUGUUUCAAAUACUGCUCUCUUCUCACUGAGACAGAGACUUCCAUGACAGCAUAUAAUGGAUCAUAUGCUGGAUGGCCCUUCGUUAGCUGUUUAACUGGUCUGCUACUUAAGAUUGACUUUAUAAUUAAAUUCUGCCUUGAGGUAUCUUCUAAAGGAGAUAACUUGUAAGCAUCUGCCAAGUGUUCUUAGGUCUUCUGUGUCUUGAGGUGUGGCCUCCAAAAUAGCGUUCUAGAAACUACUGUAAUGGUAGAGAGGAUUGAUUUAUUGGAAGUGCAUACUCAGUUUCAAGCCUUAGCUAAUUUAUGGUAAAAAGGAAAGCAAAAUACCUUUUCCAACUUGAAUAACGCUAUUCUGGAAACAAGUAUGAAGGUGGAGGGAUAUGCAUUAAUAAGUGUGAAGGUGCAGUGUUAUUCAUAGUGAGAUGAAUGCUUGGAGCUAUAUUUUUCCUAGUUCUCCGUUUCCCAUGGCAGUCAUGGCUGUCAGUCUCUUUGCUCUUUCCUUCUCACUUCCAUGAGAUGUUUAUUACCGUUAUCUGAGCUGUAGGGAUUAAACAUGCCUAGAGAUAUGCUAAAACUAAGAUUAGUUUUUACCUCUCUAUUAACUGCUGAAAUCCAUGGAGUUGUGUUAGCUGCAUAGUGCUGAAACUGAGGCCGAGAGUCUGAGCCAAGGUCUAAAAAAAAAAGGCGAUUCUGGGUGGGGCUGAUGAUAAUAAUUGUUCCACUAACUUGUUUCCCAGAUCGUGCUGUAGUUGAUGGGAAUGUGCUACAACAUCAGAUCACAAGUCAAGCAGUUGAAAUAGCUAGAUCACAUUGAUUCCUAAUGCUACAAAACCUCUGGGAUUCCAUUUGUCAUUCCCAUAGGGAAGAAACAACCUAGUCUUUUUAAUUUACAAAGGCAUUGUGUAGUUGCAUUCUGAAUAGAAAGGAUACGGAACGAUCUUUUUGCAUACUAGAGAUCUUACAUGUUACACAUUUAUCAAUAAUACAUAAAUGAAUUAGUGUGUCCUAAUAACUGGUUUCUUGUUUCAGCUUAGGGGAAAAUACAUCAUGAUGAAAAAGAGACUAGUCCAUUUUUCUCCUGCUUUUGGGUGUUGAAGACAGGACAAGGAGUAAAUGGGCAAUGGAGACCGACCUCCCAUUCCUGGAGGCAGGUCUCUAAGGCUCUCUCUGUGAAAUGAAGACCCUGUCAAGGGAAAAAGAGUGGUCUUCAGAGAAGAUUUCCAGACCUCUCUAGACAGCUGAUCUGAUUGGCUGAAUUCCCUGUCAUGUCAAUCAAACAUACUUACAUAUGAUGUAAAGUAGAAAAGUAGCACAGUGAAUGCUUUUGUUAGAACAGCUGCUAAAGGUGUAUUACGGAUUCAAGGAAUGCAGGCGGAAAUAUGUUUGCAUGUGAUGGGGAGGGGAGGAAGCUGCUGUGUGAAUGCCAGAAUAAAGCCUAGCUUAAACAAUACAGGGAUGCCACAGCUCAAUGUCGAGGUGAGUGUGCUGUUCCCUCUAUAAAUUGCUAAGAAUCUGUUCCACACAGCGUCUCUCUGAAGUGGAUGCAGCAGUGACUGCUUGGCUGAUGUGAUACAUAGUUUGAUUUUUAUCAUAGAGCUUUUACUUUGAUGCCACCCUUUUACCUCUCCCAGCCUGUUUGAUGCAGUUGAGUUUAUGAUGAUUUUUUUCCUAUUCCCUUUAUAAAUGUAUUAAAUAGUUACUGAAAGAUUGUACUUACAUUGACCCUAGUAGCUUUGAGUGAAAACUGCGUUUCAGCUGGUCAUCUUGAAGACAUUUAAACAUCUGCUCUUACCCUUAUAUUUACUACACUUAUUUUGCAAUAGGUGCUGUCAUGGAUUAGGAAGUAUUCCACGCACACCCAGCAUUGUCUGAGGCUGUGUCUUGUAGAUUUAAAUGGGUUUUCAGGGAAAAAUGCUGGAAAUCACAUCCAACUUGAGAGCUUAAUGGUCUUGUGCAUCUGACUAUAAGGCAAGCUUUCCUCCUACAGACUAUUUUCUCAAGAAUGUGGGAGGGAUUGUUAAUAUGUUUGGGUUAAUAGGGUAAAUUGCAGGUUUUGUGUUCUGUGAGACUUCUUACACAAUCAAAAUAGAGAUUAUAAGGAGAAGCUGAAACUGAUAAGCAGAUUCUGGUUUUUGGAGCAGAAUGUUAGUGUGAAAAGGAUAUUUCUCCAGUUGAAAAAAUAUGGUAUUGGUUUAGAGGUCAAGGAACCGACAGUUAGGAUUACUAGUUUCUGCCUCUGCCACUGGCUUGUAGCUUGAUCUAAAGUGAGUUUCUUAAUCUUUACCUCCCGACUUGAGGUUGUUACCUGCCUGCACAGGUUACUUGGCACAGUCUUUGCAAAAAUGGGGAGAAGGCUAUGUGUUUCUUUGCACCAGUGUUAGAACCAGUACUGAGAGGGGGGAAAAAAAACAAAACCAAACAACAAACCAAACACAAAAAACCCCAAACAGGCUGAAAAUCUGUAAUGGCUUCUGAUUAUUUUUUUUGUUUUGUUUUAAUUAUGACAAAGUCUGUCUAGUGUAUUUUUUUAAUGUACUCAUGUUCUAUAGCUGUGUUUUAAAACAAGACAGGCUAGCCUGUUAGGUAGAGCUGCUUUUCAAAAGAGAGGCAGUAGAUGGGGCUGUUUGGUCUCCCCAGUCAUUCAUGCAAAUAGCAGAAAUAAAGGUAAAUUGACAGGAAGUCUUCUGAACUGUGCCAUAGUAGUGACAUUUCCGAAAAAAUAAAUAUAGCGUGUCCCAAUUCUUAGCGGAAGAUGUCGUCCCAGGCAGUUUUCUGUAAACUACCAUGUAGAGAAAUCCGUUGUUGAGAGAGCCAGAAGUGGGGCAGGAUCUGACCAUUGUCAGCCAUUGCAAGCCCAAGCCUCACCUUGUCCUUUUCACUUUCAGCUGCUUUGAAGAAAAAAGGGGUUCUUUGAGAUAUCAAAAGAUACUUUUUACAACCUCCCGUACCCGUUUUCCUGCAGGGAGCAAACACUCCUUUUCUUGCUUUACCUUGAACAUCUUGACUGCUGUCAAGGGCUGGUCUGCAUCUGUGAUUGCCUUUCCCUAGCUUCUGCUUUCUUUCAAUCUGUUAGUAUGAAAAACUUUAGUCCUUGGCUUUAUUGUUGCUCCUUGUUUACCAAAACGAUGGGAAAAAGAAAGUCAGUGUCUGCGCUUGUUGUCAUUAUGGUUCUCAGUACCACAAAGAAAAAUGAUCACCCCAAAUUUUAUCAUUUAACAAAAAGCUGUACUAGUAGAAAAGACUUGUUUUAUAAUUACAAAAUAAAACCAAACUUGUUCUUAUGGUUGUAGCAAAACAAUCCUUUUGUCCCAAUACCUGCUGCAGAAACUAAAAUCCUUUGUAAUAUUAAAUGAAAGCAGGUGUAUACCUGUGGCCUUUCUGCAUUUACAUUUUCUGUCGACACCAGGUCCUGUCAUCAGGACCACCAGACGAAACUCCUGUUUCUAUGCCAGAGUUCAAUUCUGUUUGAAACUCAUUUAAACUGUAUUGGUGAAAACAAUGAUUUCUACCUCUUGGCUUUAAUAUGAAAGUUUAAAAUGUGUCACAGAAAAAAGCUCUGUUUUUCUCCAGAAUUUUUUUUCCAUACACCAUGCUGCUGGUUUGUUUAUCUUGAGUGUAAAUGAGUAGUCCAUUAACAUACCUUUAAUUGUUUUACAGCUUUUAAAAUGUUUCAAUAUAUAUUCAAAAAUAGACCAAGUCCUCUGUAUUCAAAGCAAAAGGAGCAGUACCUUGCUGCUAUCACUUCUAAUGCCAUUGAAAUUCUUCAGUUUGAACUUGGUUUUUUUCAUGCUUUGGUGCUGAAUUCAUUAGUACUGUUUAUGUACAAAGGUGAUUUUUAUUAAAAAAAAAUUGGAGCAAGAAAGGGCUAGCACAAACCUUGAUUUUGCUUUAGGUUACAUGUAUUAGUGUUCAGUAUUCUUAACAUUUUGUUGAUGCUCCUUGUUGCAUUGGUUUUUUCCAUGAAUGUGUUCUGGAUAAUACUAAAUAUAUUUCACAGUAGAGGUGAAGUAUUUGUAAGAGCAAAUCAGUCUUGAAAUACUUACGUGGAAAGUUCUGUUUUAAUGGAUUUCUUCCUUUCUUCUGGACUGCUUUUUAACAUAAAGAAUUUGGCAUGCUCUGUUGUCUUCCAUAUAUGUUGGAAAGGAAUACAUCAAAUCUGUCACCAGUGUUUUAGCAGUACCUAGAAGAGGGGCUGAGUUAUUUCCAAUUGUAAGGAAUUACCCAAUCAUGAAGUUGAGAUUCUGGCCUUCAGAGAUGGCCAUUCAAAAUGUUUUCAGUCCUUGGCAUGCCUCUUAGUAUUGUCAAGAAAGGGGGAUGCUACUACCAGUAGCAGUAGUUAUGUCAAGUGUGUACUUGUGGAUGAAACUAGGACGAGGACCAAGACCUGAUUUUUAGCAUUUACAAUCCAUUGAACGUAAAUGGAUUCGUUUCUGUUGUUGUUACUUCUGUUGCAGAUUAGACAUAGAUAUUAUUUUCCUGCUUGGAGGUUGGAAGUUGCAUUCCAUUGGAAAGGACUGACUUGUGCAGAGGGAGUAGGACUUGACGUUCCAUUGAAAGGAAACCUUGAAGGUUGCAAGACAAGUCCAAGAUGUGCAGUUCGGUUGCGCCCAGGCUGUGGUUCUUAACAGACCGUCGCAUCAGAGAAGACUACCCUCAGCAGGAGAUCCUGAGAGCACUGAAGGCCAAGUGCUGUGAAGAGGAGCUAGAUUUCCGGGCCUUGGUGAUGGAUGAAGUGGUGCUGACCAUUGAGGAUGGAAAUCUUGGUCUCCGGGUGAAUGGGGAGCUCAUUACUGCUUACCCACAAGUGGUGGUUGUACGUGUACCAACACCUUGGGUCCAGAGUGACAGCGAUAUCACAGUCCUUCGCCACCUAGAGAAGAUGGGCUGUCGACUGAUGAAUCGUCCCCAAGCCAUCCUCAACUGUGUCAACAAGUUCUGGACAUUUCAAGAACUUGCUGGUCAUGGUGUCCCUCUUCCAGACACUUUUUCAUAUGGUGGUCAUGAGAAUUUUGCGAAAAUGAUUGAUGAGGCGGAAGUGCUGGAGUUCCCUAUGGUGGUGAAGAACACGCGGGGUCACCGAGGUAAAGCUGUGUUCCUGGCACGAGACAAGCACCAUUUGGCAGACCUAAGCCAUUUGAUCCGUCACGAUGCCCCUUACUUAUUUCAAAAAUACGUUAAAGAGUCCCAUGGCAAGGAUGUACGUGUCAUCGUAGUAGGAGGCCGUGUGGUGGGCACCAUGCUCCGCUGCUCAACAGAUGGGAGGAUGCAGAGUAACUGCUCACUUGGUGGUGUAGGGAUGAUGUGCUCACUGAGUGAACAAGGCAAGCAGUUGGCAGUCCAAGUGUCAAACAUCCUGGGGAUGGAUGUGUGCGGCAUUGACCUGCUGAUGAAGGACGACGGUUCAUUCUACGUCUGCGAGGCCAAUGCAAAUGUAGGUUUCAUUGCCUUUGACAAGGCUUGUAAUCUAGAUGUAGCUGGUAUCAUAGCGGACUAUGCCGCUUCUCUCCUUACCCCCGGUCGCUUGACGCGGCGCAUGUCCUUGCUCUCUGUGGUGUCCACGGCAAGCGAGACUAGCGAGCCAGAGCUGGGCCCUCCAGCUAGUGCCGCUGUCGACAAUAUGAGUGCUAGCUCCAGCUCUGUCGACAGCGACCCUGAGACCACGGAGAGAGAGUUGCUCACCAAGCUCCCGGGGGCUCUAUUCAACAUGAACCAGCUAUUAGCCAAUGAGAUCAAACUUCUUGUAGAGUGAUGCCACAUGUAAAUAGAUGACCAACAGAACUCUCUCCUGUAAAUUUUUUUUUUAAACCAACUUGCAAUGCUGUUUAUCAGAGAAGCUCAGAGGAAUGAGGAAAGGGGAGGAGGUAUCAAAAAAGCAAAAGGCAUGCGUGCUGUGAUUGCUGCCCCUACUUUUUUGCGGAACAAAAUUGUGUUCGUUCUUCAGCAUCAGUUUUCUAAUGAAGAUGCUCAUUUUACAACCUAAGUGGGAAUUCUAUUUGGAUGCUACUUUGGUCCCCAGACAUAUUGCAGUUCAUGUAUGUUCACAGGCAAGCAUUAAAGCAUGAUUCACACUUGAAGAUUUUCAGAAAGCUGUCUGGCAGCUCUCUAGAAACUUCUGUGCAUUACUGCACCAGUUAAGUCUCUUCUACAUCUGUAAGGCUUGAUCCUGGAAAUUGCUGAGUGCCUCAAAUUCUCAAUGUGAGUUGAAGGUGUUAAAUACCAAGUAUUUCGAAGUUCCUGGACACCUACUGUUCCUACUCUUGUAGAUGGGAGCUGUAAGUUCAGGAUCAUUUUGAAGUCAUCACUUUCUGACCUUGCAGGAUAUGGCCUUUCAAAUGAUGAGGCUGAGAGAAGUGUCAGUUGACAUAAUGUGAGCUUUCUGUGCAAAUCUGUAAUUUGUGCCAUCUUGGUAUUGGCAGCUUUGUGUCUAUAUUUCUUCAUAAAGCUUUUGAAGGAGGAUUUUAGUACUUGUGUUUUUCUCAUUUCAAAUCCUGAUUUUUGGAAGGUAUGUAGGGGAAUUGGUCAUAUUCUAUUUGUGGCAGAAGUGGCACAUUUUAACUACUUUUUGCAUGAUUGGAGGAGAUAAACAGCACUGUAAUGUUUGGUAUACAAAAUAAUGUUUAAUCCAAUGUGAAAAAGAAUUACACUAGUUUAAAGCAAAUGUGCAUCGACUUGUAUUUGUUAGUGUUUUAGUCUUUUUGAGAGAGAUCUGCAAUGUUAAUGUUCCUUUUUCUUUAAUACAUGCUAGUCCAACA